CCACGCAGUCCCCUUCUCCAACCCCGCUUCAAAUUUGGAUCGCGUCGAUUUCACGCGCCGAUUCCCCCAAAUCGCACACACCCCCACCCCUCGAACGCAUAAAUACUGAUCCCCAAUCGAAACGGCUGCUGAAACCCUAGCCCUAGCAAUCGAGAGAGAGGGAGAAGAUGGCGCGUCCGAGAGGCAGGAAGCGUGCGGCGGCGGCGGCGGCGGUGGCGGAGGAGGACUCCAGCAAGCCGGAGGCUGCAGAGGCGAAGAAGCCGGCCGCGCGGGGGCGGGGGAAGCGUGCCAAGGCGUCACCCAAGCCCAAGCCGGAGACGGAGUACUUCCCCGAGAAGCGGAAUCUGGAGGAUCUUUGGCUAUCAGCAUUUCCGGUUGGGACCGAGUGGGAAAACAUUGAUAAGAUAAAGGAGUUCAACUGGAACUUUGAAAAUUUGGAGAAAGCACUAGAAGAAGGAGGGGAGCUUUAUGGGAAAACAGUUUACUUGUUUGGAAGCACGGAGCCUCAACUAUUGGAGGUUAAUGGUGAAUCAAAGAUAGUGCUUAUUCCUAUAGUUGUUGCUGUUGACUGCCCUUUUCCUCCCUCAGACAAAAUUGGCAUAAAUUCUGUCCAAAGGGAAAAUGAAGAGAUAGUGCCAAUGAAGGCCAUGAAGAUGGCCUGGGUGCCUUAUGUUCCGCUGGAGGAUCGGCUUAGUAGGAUUGACAGUUUGAAAACAAAAAUAUUUACUCUUGGCUGCACCCAGCGGAGGUCUGCGCUGAGGCACCUCAAAACUGAGAGAGUCAAAUUGUUUGACUACUGCAUGCCAUAUUAUAUGCCACUGAACCCUCCCGAAGACGAAGAUGAUACAGUUGUCAACAUCAUAUAUCCCCUAGAACCCCCGAUAGUAUGUGACUUCGACUGGGAGAUGGAUGAUUACGAGGACUUUGCUGAUGAGAAAGUUAAAGAUGAGGUGCUACCAGAGGAUGAGAAAGAAAAAUUUAAGGAAUUCAUAAAGGAGAGGGUUAGAGAAAGGAAAAGAGAGCUAAAACAGGCUAAGGAAGCAAGAAAGAAAGCUAUUGAUGAUAUGGACCCUAAGGUCAAAGAGGCAUUUGAAAAUAUCAAAUUUUACAAAUUUUAUCCUGUAAAAACUCCAGACACCCCUGAUGUAAGCAACGUAAAGGCAAAGUACAUCAAUAGAUAUUACAGGCAUGCACAUCAUCUGAUGUAAUUGCAUCCUAUCUUGAAAUGAGCUAUCCAACUUGGAGAGCUGACACCGAAAUUUUGAAAGCCGUGGGAGAGAUUCCUGGCGACAUCUUCAAAUUGGGUCUCUUAUAGACCCGGGGUGAAAACUUGUUGCACCUUAACUCUGUACUGCAGUUUUCGUCAGAUCCUGCCAUUCCUUAGAGUAUCGCUUCCUUCGGCAUUCUUUUUUGUUGUGCGUCGUGUAACAUUCUGGGAAUAGAUUAUGUAACCAUCAGGCCGUACAUCUUGUAAGAGCAAAACAAUUGGUUUAGGAAAAAUGCUGAUUCCUUUCACCGUCCUGUGAAGGUUGCUUGGGUGCAAACCCCUUGAUUUUGUCUUAACUGGUCUUGCUUGACAUGCUA